AUGGCUCAUGUGCAAUUGGAUUCCUCCUCUCUAUUAAUCCUCUUCGACGCGGUCGGGGGCUCUUCUCGGUCGCCAACGAAGGCUCCAUUCGCAGCGAUCGCACCGUGGCGGUUGAUUGCCGCUACCAGAAGGCAAAUCCACGUGACUCUCGAUCCGAUCAUUGAAGAAGAUGGAUUUGAUUCUCUCGAUAAUCCACUCGUCGGCAAUUUAUCUUCACAUCCGCGUCAAAAUCUUUCUCGUCCUCCUUGUCAUGAUUCAAAAAUUGGGAACAAGUUCCCUUUGAACCAAACCCUAAGACUAGUAGAAGAGAAGCUCACCUCUCUCUUACAAUCAUGUAGCUUCCCACACCAUCUCCACCAAAUCCAAGCCCAAUCCAUCAUCCAUGGCCUCCACCACCACCCUUUCCUCGCCCCCAAGAUUGCCGCCGCCGCGUUUCGCCUCGGCAGCCCCAUCAUCGCCCGCCACCUGUUCGACCAAAUUCCCCAGCCAAAUGCAGUUCUCGGCAACGUGGUUAUCAAGGGACACCAUGAGGUGGGUGACCACCGCGAGGCUUUGGAGCUGUUCCGUCUCAUGAUACGGAGAAAUGUUAGGCCAAGCCAUUACACAUUUCCCUUCGUGAUCAAAUCAUGUGCUCGCAUGAAUAGAGUUGGUGAAAUAGACGGCGAGGAGGUUCAUUGUGUUGUAAUAAAAACUGGGUUUGAGGGUGAUGCAUUUGUCGUGCCUGCAUUGAUCGAAAUGUAUGCGAAAAUGGGAAGGAUUGGUCGUGCCCGUAAGGCGUUCGAGCAAAUGUGCGAGAAAAAUGCUGUUGCUGUGACUGCUAUGAUAGCUGCUUAUUUGACCGUUGGCGAUGUAGGCUGUGCAAGAGAGAUCUUUGAUCGAACGGCCGAGCGUGAUAUCAUCAUGUGGAACACGAUGAUCUCGUGGUACUCCGCACGUGGAGACAUAGGUACUGCUCAGGAGCUCUUUGAUCAGAUGACAUGCCAGGACGUUAUGUCGUGGAAUACGCUAUUGCUUGGUUACGCAGAGUGCGGAGAUGUUGAAGCAUGCGAGCGAUUGUUCAAUGAAAUGCCCGAGAAAAAUGUGUUCUCUUGGAAUGGAUUGAUUGGAGCAUACGUCCGGAGUAAUAUGAACUCUGAGGCUUUAAAUACUUUCAAUAGGUUGUUAUCAUCACCUGAUGUCGAACCAAAUGAUGCAACGAUUGUGGCCGUGCUCUCCGCCUGCUCUAAGUUGGGUUUUCUCAAUUGGGGAAGAUGGCUUCAUGUUUAUGCUCAAAAUAAUGAUUUUGAAAGUAGUGUUCAUGUUGGAAACGGAUUAAUCGACAUGUAUGCGAAAUGUGGGUGCAUAGAGGAUGCGAUGACUGUGUUUGAAAGCAUGAAGGUCAAGGAUCUAAUAACGUAUAACUCAAUAUUAUUAGGGUUAGCGACGCAUGGCCGUGGAGCAGAUGCAUUGAAUCUAUUCGAUGAAGUUACUUCCAUGGGAGAGAAACCAGAUGGUAUUACAUUUCUCGGGGUGUUAUCCGCUUGUGUUCAUAUGGGUCUUGUUGAAGGAGGGUUCAGGUACUUCAGAUUGAUGACCAAGAAAUACUUGAUCGAACCGUCGAUUGAACACUAUGGUUGUCUGAUCGAUCUCCUUGGUCGGGCCGGUUUGCUCAACGAGGCAGUCGAAUUCAUGAAGAAGAUGUCGAUUAAGCCGGACUGUGUUAUAUGGAGUGCUUUGCUUGGGGCUUGUCAAGUUCAUAGAGAAAUUGGCUUAGCUGAGAUUGUUAUGAGUCAACUGAUAAAGGUCGGCCCCGAGGAAGUUCCGAACUCCGUGGUUCUUUCGAAUUUGUACGGAGGGAAUAAGAGAUGGGUAGAAGCUGCAAGAAUGAAGAAGAUGGCAAGAGAAAGCAGUUUAGGGAGGUUACCAGGAUGUAGCUUGGUAGAAGUGAAUUGCGAGGUUGUAAAAUUCUUUUCAUCAGACACAGGGCACCCACAAAUGGAAAAGAUUUUUAGGGUUUUAGAGGGUUUAGGGGAAAUUUGA